CCACACAAUAGUCACUGCCCCCUUUCGCUGAAACGAAACCCUCAUUCCACCUGAGUGCGGGUGCGCCAUGGCCUCGCCGCAGCAGCCGCCGCCGGCGAAGAAACCCACACCACUCCCCCCGACGACCAUAAGCGCCCUCGACCUAGACACCCUGCGCGAGAUCUUCCUCUGCCUCCCCUCUCUCCCGAGCCUCGUCCGCGCCGCCCUCAGCUGCCACACCUUCCUGGACGCCGUCCGUUCGUCGCCCGCUUUCCGCCGCCGGUUCCGUGCGCUCCACCCACCCCCGCUCCUAGGCCACUUCCUCACCACCCAAGACACCAACAUCCCUACUUUCGUGCCUCUCCGCAGCCGCUCCGACCCGGACAUCGCGGCGGCCGUCCGCGGCGGCGAUUUCUUCCUCACCCGCCUCCCAGUCCCCGAAGACGGCGCUGUGCCCGUUCCUGCACCCGUCUCCGCCCCCGAAGAUAACGGGGAUGGCGUUUCCGUUCCUGUCCGCGCCCCCGCACCCGAAGACGACGGCGAGGAUGCCGUCUUCGGCUCUGAAGACGACGACGAGGAUCCCAUCCCCGACCUCGUGUGGUCAUGGUCAAUAGAUGACUGCCUUGACGGAUUCGUUGUUCUCGACAACUGGAGCACUCAGCAGAUCGCCGUCUAAAACCCGCUCGCGCGGACCCUGGAUGUCUUUCCCCUGCCUCCCCACCAGGAGCACUGCAAGAACUGCGAGCGCCAGUAUUCUGAUUACUACAUCCUCGCCGAAAAAGAAGAAGACUCCUUGCCGUACUGUGUCUUGUGCGUCCGGCACAGCGAACACGGGGCGCGCACCAUGGUCUUAUCAUCGGACACCAGCAAGUGGCAGAUUUUCCCAUGGGUAGACAUCGACGGGUUCUGGCCUAGCAAUGGUAAGCUGGUAAAUGGCUGCAUCUAUUGGACCAUUGGGAUGAUGGACGCCCGCGGUGCUUAACACUGCUACAAUGCAAUUCUCUCGGAUGGAUAAUCCGCCACACAGGAGAGGGAGUGACGUCUUGACGGCUGGUGAGACCAAGGAUGGAAGGCUCUGUGUGGUCUCCGCACCUAAGGGGCCAUUGACAUUUGAAUCUAGGCUUCUUGUUUGGAUCCGGAGAGCCGGCGACAAUGGCAUCGAGAGGUGGAUGUUGCACAAGUCACUCCCGUUUCAGGAGAUGGCUGGAAUCAUUCGGUGUAGAUCCAGGGAGGAUAAUGUUAAAUUUGAAGUGACUGUUAGGGCGAUUAUUGAUGGCUUUGUGUACUUCUCUGCUUAUUGUCGGGUGAUGCCGCAUCAGCAUUCGACUCCCUGGCUCCUAUCCUUCUGCAUGGAAACAGUGGCGCUGAACAAGCUUGGUCGCAUCCCUAGUGGUUCUUCCUAUCCCUACAUCAUGCCGUGGCCUCGUUCUUUGGUUGGUAUACACAACAAGCAAACCAGCUUAUCCAGUUAAAGACACAUGAUUCUCUUCUGUGUUCUUGAAUCGAAGUGAUGUCUGCUAAUUAAGCUGCAUCACUGGGCUCCUCAGGCAAAGGUGCAGAAGAAGAAACAUUUGUGCCGUUUGUAAUGGCAACAUGGUUGGUUCAAACUAAGGAUCUUGACUGGGGAAUAAAGAAGCGGGGCAGCAAGUUUGCAAGCAGGGCUUCAUCAAUAUGCUGGAAUUGUUUGUUCACAUGAAGAAUCUAAACUAUCUGCAGUUAGAAUUUGCAAUGUCCUGUCCGAACUUCCGUAGAGCUCUCAAGGUGCGGAGCUAAUGUCUGUCAAUCUAUGGAAUGAAACAUUGAACGACUACACCGUUCAUGUAUUGAAACAGUUUCGGUACAUCAAUUAGAGAAGAAAUUAUACGAAUUUGCCAUUGUCGCCAGUCUUUCCUGCCACACGGCUCGUACCUAUGUGUGGAAUUUUCGCAUGUGUUUCUAUGUGAAACAAAGCGAAUGUAAAUUUGAUGUACACACACCCGAAGACAAAUACGUAGCAAUAUCUUUCAGAUUGAUGCAAACAAAAAUAAACCUAUAGUGGUGUUGGGAGACAGAUGCUGGACAAGACAGUCCAUUGCAGGAGAUUGCUGGUGUGGCCUUUUUUUUAAAACAUUUUCUUUUUGAGAUGGGUGGCCUCAUUCUUUGCUGCACAACAAGGUGAACCCUUGUCCCUAGAAAAAACAAGGUGAAUAACUUCUUUGCUUGCCCUGUUCGGGCUAUGUAAAUAACUUCUCAUUGCCUAUCUAUUCAAAGCUUUUGCAUUUUCUUGAAAAACAAUAAGGUGGGAAGAAAACUAGAACUGGGAAUUUCUUUUCAUACUUCUUUUUCUUAGUUAUUAGCUGUCUUUUUCUUAGUUAUAGCCUAUCUAUGGUUUUAGUACAGAUGUGAUCCUGGUUAGAUUUAUUCAUCAAAAGAAAAAAAAAACAAGAUGUUGAUGUGUUA